CUUUACGAGCAGCACUUGAACGCGACAUGAUGCUGCACGCGUAAUGGAUUUCCCCUGCUUCUUGUCGGGGACCAGGCGCUGCAGCUGCAGCAAUCCAGCUUCGGUGCAUCUGCUCCACCACCUAGAGCCCGUGACCUUGGCUCGCGCUGAUCACGCUCCAGAGUCUUGCACUGAGUAUUUCCAAACACCAUGGCGUCCUCGGCCGCGCAGGAUGAGGACUGCGUGUUGCGGCGCGGAAGAUCUCAGAGUGACCCCAGCAGCGUCACCGAGGUCCGGAUGGGUGAAGCGCACAGAGCAGAUGUGAUGGAACAGCAGAGGGCGCUGCACUCAGGUUGCCUGGUGUCAGGGGUCACGCCUCCUGUCCGCAGAAGCAGCAAGCUGGCCAGCCUGGGACGCAUCUUCAAGCCGUGGAAGUGGAGGAAAAAGAAAAAUGAGAAGCUGAAGCCCUCUGCAAUGGUGGAGAAGAAGGCAGCUGCACGCCAGAAGAGGGACGAGCUCGGCAGGAGGAACCCUGGGGAGGAGACAGAUUCUGAUGGUGCUUCUGGAGGGAACAGUGAGGAUCCAGACACACUGACCCACUCUGAUGGUGAGGACCGAGAUGAGGAGCCUGUGGCGCCUCUGGCCAGCACAAAUGAAGACCUGGGCAGCGAUAUAGACACAUCAACAGGUCAAGAUGUGACUGAAGAUUCAAAGACAGUGGCAGAGCCCUGUCAGAGUGAAGACGAGAGCUCCUCACUAGGUGACCCCUGCGAGGAGCAACUCCUGGAGAAGGUGGAGUCUGCUGACGGGAAGCAGGAGGCGACGGGGGCCCAGCCCCAGAGACGAGCCAGCGCCCCGCCUCCACCCGACCCGCCAGUCAAACUGCUCACCAGGCUGGGCAGCCUAGACCGUACCCCCGUUGCUCCGGUUAAAAGGUCCCCAGCAACCUUACCCAGGAACUUCACUCUCCCCAAAGACCCACAUGGCUCCGCGCUGCGAGGCAGGAUCUCCACACCCACCGCCUCCCCCCAUCUGGGGGCGCUGCACCCACAGCUGCCCCCCAGCUGCAUCAUUGAGGAACUGCACCGUGCCCUGGCCACUAAACACAGACAGGACAGUUUUCAGGCGAGGGAAGUGCGCUCCUCUCCCAGACGCCGGUUGGAUGGCCGUCUGUCCCGCACAUCGAGCACAGAGAAGGAGGCCCCCGGGGAGUCAGACGAGAACAAGGAGAACAGACGUCUGGAUGAGUGUUUGAGCGACCAGGACCGCUGGAAUGACUCUGUGAUCUCUGGGACGCUGCCACGCAGGAUGAGGAAGGAGCUGCUGGCGGUGAAGCUUCGGAACCGUCCCAGCAAACAGGAGCUAGAGGACCGCAAUAUAUUUCCAGUGCGCAGUGACCAGGAACGCCAGGAACUCCGUCAGCAGAUAGAGAUGAAGCUGGCCAAGAGACUGAGCCAGAGACCGGCGGUGGAGGAGCUGGAGAGUCGGAACAUCCUGAAGCAGAGAAAUGACCAGACGGAGCAGGAGGAGAGGAGAGAAAUCAAACAGCGUCUCAACAGAAAGUUGAACCAGCGGCCGACGGUGGAUGAGCUGCGAGACCGAAAGAUCCUGAUUCGCUUCAGUGACUACGUGGAAGUGGCCAAAGCUCAGGACUAUGACAGGAGAGCUGACAAGCCCUGGACCCGACUGUCAGCUGCUGACAAGGCGGCAAUAAGGAAGGAGCUGAACGAGUUUAAGAGCAGUGAGAUGGAAGUGCAUUCUCUGAGCAAGCAUCUGACCAGGUUCCACCGGCCGUAGGGUUUCUUCUGUGAAGAGUUGCUGAUGACUGGUUCUGUCAGUGGUGGUGACAUGUGCUGGUGGUGCACAGUCAGUGGAUGUCCUGAUAUUUGGGUCCAGCAAACCUUGGAGGCUAUGUCUCUAGUUCAGAGGAACAUCUCACAUCACCUUGUAACAGGAGCUGGAAGAAACAAGCUCAUGGAUUCGCCAUAAACAAGCAGAGACUUCUUUUUCUAAACAGACCUUUUUUUAAAGUCGUGCUUUCGACACCACAGAGGAAGAGGUGUGCAUGUGGCCGAGUCGACCAGUCCCACUCCAGUACUGUAUCUGUAGUCACAUCCCGAGUUGUGUCUGAUGCUAUGGACACUAAAAAUGUUCUUCUUGCCUGUGUACAAGACAACAACAAUCCCUUUGUAAGCACUAUUUAUUGUCUGCACAAUAAGAGGUUUUCAGUUUGUAACAAA